CCGCCAAAAAGUUACAAUAUUUGGAAUCAUCCCAAAUAUUGAAAAAAUUUGAAGGUUGAUAUUUACGAUCGUGAUGGUUUGUUAUUUCUCAUGGAGAAUAGACCAGCUUUCCUCGGUCGCGGAAGAGGUCGUGGUACUAGAGAGCAGAGAUUUCAACCAGGAUCGAAUUAUAAGAAUGACACAAAGACACAAUUGAACACGUCAGCAUGGAAUUCUGGCGCUGCGGCUAGGCUUACGAAUGAUCAAAAGGAUUCUCGCGGGGAUUUAUCCGAUCGACAUAGAAAGAUAGAAGAAAUCCGACAGGCAGCGGUCAAAUUUACUGAUGACACGUACUUAUCGUCCUCCGAUUCCGAUGAGGACAUAAAUGAUGAUGAAAUAUUGCGCAACACUUUGACCGCUUACCAAGUCCAAGGAGAUGGAGACAAUUUAAAGAAGAUAAAGCAGUACCUUCAAGAAAGUUGCAAUUCCCGUGCUUUGACAUGUUUGAUUUGUAUUGCCUCCGUAAAACAUAUUGAUGCCAUCUGGAAUUGCGCUCAGUGUUACAGCAUCUUCCACCUGCAAUGUAUUCAAAAAUGGUCGAACGACGGUGCUGUUCCGAACUUGCCUUUGUCCCAAGAACACCUUCCAAACCAAGACAUCAAAUGGUUUUGCCCAAAAUGCCGAUGUGAAUAUCAACAAUCUGAACGACCAACAGAGUACAUUUGUUUCUGCGGGAAAACGGUUAAUCCAAAAUUUGACCCAUGGUCUGUGCCCCAUUCUUGUGGUGAAGUAUGUGCACGCGAAUUAACCCCCAACUGUGGACACAGCUGUCUUUUACUCUGUCAUCCAGGACCAUGUCCUCCAUGUCCAAAAAUGGUCCAGACCAGAUGCCAUUGUGGCUCCCAACCGCCUACCAGUCGUCGAUGUAGCGCCAAAGAAUGGUCAUGUGGAAAACCCUGUGAAAAAGUACUUGCAUGUGAACACCACAAGUGUAAACAUCCAUGUCAUGGUGGUCUUUGCCCACCGUGUCCCGAACGAAGUUCUCAAAGUUGUAUCUGUGGCAGAAACACAUCUAUUAGGUCCUGUGCUGAGCCUCGAUGGAUGUGUACUGAGGUUUGCGGAAAACUUCUUGAGUGUGCUAAUCACACUUGUGUUGACAUCUGUCAUCAGGGAAAAUGUCUGCCUUGCCCGAAAUCUGGAAUGCGAACUUGCCCGUGUGGAAAAACUACUUCAAAUCUGCCGUGUACUGAAGAUGUCCCAGUAUGCGGGGAUACAUGUGAGUUACUGUUGGCAUGUGGGCAUCACAGCUGUACACGUCGUUGCCAUUCAGGACCGUGCGAGACAUGCAGACAAAUGGUUAACAAAAUAUGUCGCUGUGGUAAGCGCGAGAAAUCAAUCCAAUGUGCGCAAGAAUUUACCUGUGAUAUCAAGUGCUCCAACUUAAGGAACUGUCAAAGACAUCAGUGCCGUAGGAAAUGCUGUGAUGGUAGAUGUCCGCCAUGUGAACAGAUUUGUGGUCGUCAAUUAAGUUGCAAAAAUCACAAAUGUCCUUCCGUUUGUCACCGAGGUUUCUGCUACCCUUGUCCGUUGACGAAGGACGUUAGCUGUAAUUGUGGUUCUACUAGGCUGGCUGUUCCAUGUGGUAGAGAGCGUGUUACAAAACCUCCUAAAUGCUCUCAAUUAUGCAAAAUUCCUUCAAAUUGCCACCACCCAAUACGAAAGCCUCACCGUUGUCACUUCGGGUCAUGUCCACCGUGUAAGCAAAUUUGUGGAAAUAACUUGCCAUCGUGUGAUCAUACAUGUCAAAUGGAAUGCCACGACAACAAGAAGACUCCAACCAAGUCAUCACCUUCAACGUCACCAUGGACGAACAAGAAGGAAGUGGAAACGGUUCCAAUACAAUGUGGGCCUUGUGCUGUGCCUGUGAUGAGGCGUUGUUUGGGAAAACACGAGACGGUAUCAAUUCCUUGUUCUAAAGAUGGAGUGUUCAGUUGUGGACGGCCAUGUGGUCGUUUACUGUCUUGUGAUAAUCACAGCUGUCAACUACAAUGUCAUACUGUUAGCCAAGCACCAGAUGAAGGGAGGAGUGGUACAGAAUGCGAACAAUGUGAUCGACCUUGUUCCAAACCAAGACAGCCAGGAUGUGUACACGAGUGCUUAAGAAGGUGUCACCCAGGCGGAUGUGGCGAUUGUAGAAAAAUGGUUAAACAACAAUGUCAUUGUUCUUCCAUGGCCAUCUAUGUUAAGUGCAGUGUUCUGAUUACAUCUGACGAUUCGGCAAAAAAAUUGCUUCUCUCGUGCAAAGGUGGUUGCCCUAAAAUGUUAAAAUGUGGUCACCAAUGCUCGUUGCAAUGUCAUCCAGGGAAAUGUCUUGAUGCUAAUGAAUGUUCUAAGAGAAUUACUGUGAGAUGCCCAUGUAAAAGACUAAAGAAGGACUACCAAUGUCACGAAGCUCAAUCUAUUUCACUUGAAUGCAAUGACCAGUGCAAGGAAAUUCAGAAAAACAACGAAAAUGAACGGAAAGCACAGGAACGUAUUCAACAGGAAGAAGAAAUGAAAUUGCAUAAGGAAGAAGUCGAGAAAUACGAGCGAAAGAAGCAAGGUCGUAAACGACGUCCUCGUAAGCAACAAGAGGAUCUUGAAGAGCCAAACUGGUUUUCAGUUCACCGAAAUGCUAUUUUUGGCAGUAUGGUUAUCGUUGCAAUGUUAGCCGUUAUUAUUUAUAUCGCUCUCGCAGAAUAGUCUGCAUGAAGGGGAACUCGUAAUUUACACUUACCACUUUACAUACCACGUAUUAUUGUCAUUAUGGAAACUUCAGUAAACUUUACCUAAUUUAUAUUGGCCAAAUUAAAGGCUGGUUUAUAAUUAAUCAUAUAAGUCGUCGUAAUCAACAUGUUGUAAAUAACGACAAUUGCGACUAAAUCUGAGAGUAUUCAAGUCUCCAGUCCUAUUGGUAAUUCGCAAAACAUGGCUUCCGAAAGGCGACUAAAUGUUUCAGGGCGAGACUAUUCAGUUUUCCCACUAAAAUAUCGACCAAAUUGCGAAUAAAUAAGCGCUAAUUACGAAUUCGAUUUUGAUAUUUGGGAUUUCGCAUAACAACGAAUUAUGACAUGUGAAGUGCGACGAAUUAUGUCAUACGAAAACCAGCCUUUAGAAAGGCCAGUUUACCGCGCAUUAGCAAAUGUCAAAAUUUUUCUAAGACAAAAUAAUAAAUGAUCGUGUAGAUCAGACGAAGAUUUUAAAUCACGAUCAACGAUA